AUGCGGCGCUCUCCCAGGCUCCUCAUCACCACACGGGGGGCAGUGACGCACGAUCGAUGCCUGCACCUCCAGGUCUGUGGGGAGGGGGCGGCUGGAGGGGGUUCUCUGAUUGGGGCCUGGAUCGAUGAAGCAAAAAGGGCCCUCUCCUUGCAGCCCUCACAGUGCAGCUCCAACAUCCACAGCUCCCACUUCUCGAUCGAUCCUGGAGUCGUCACUUGUUCUGUGCUCUUCUCUGUCGCUCUAUCUCCGCUCGGCGCCGUCAGGAACCUGCGAACGCCCGCCACGGUCCCACCUCCAGCACGCCAUGGCGGUGACACGGCUCUUAAUGGACUCUGCCAUGUGAUACAACCGGCCGCCGUUAAUUACCUCGCCAUAGACCCCGGCCUUUUCCACGGAAGGCAGUCCAUUCCUCGCCGCUGUCCGGACUCGGCCAACGCUCAGAGCUGCCGCGUACAUGCAGCCCGCGCCACUGCCACAAAAUAA